AUGCACUUCUCCAUCUCUGUCAUCGCCACGGCCCUGAUUGCCGCUACUUCCGUUCAGGCAGCCUGGCCCAAGGCCAACGAGUACCGCAGCACUAACUGUGGCGGGAGCCUCAACUAUGGCCAUCACUCGCUCACCCUCACCGAUGUCACCAUGGACGACACCACCGGAUCGGUUUACCUCUCCGGCGCUCACUGGAUGGGUUACUCUGACAAGACCUCCAAUGGAGGCAAGUGCUCUGGAUCAGCUUUGGGUGUGAUGAAUGAUAAGUGCAAUGCACUUAACUCCAAGUUCUCCCGCCGCGUCAAGUGCGUCCGACGCGUCAACCCGUCAGGGGUUUGA